UCCUUGGGUCCUUCCUCUCCUCAAGACUGACCCGACGUUGGAAAAGGUUUGCCACUCACUCCUGCUGUCGGUGGAAGUCUCAUCCUGCACUGUAAAGUUUUUGUCAACUGUUGUGUCUCCACAGGGAAUACGUGAAACAACACGGACUGCGUGGCAUUGUCUAAGGAUUUGUCGUAUAUUGAAAUUCUGUGCAAUAUUCUUAUUCUUUGGAGUUUUUCAUUUAUUGGAUUGUGUCUAACUGGGGUUUGCGCGCGGCUUGAGGAGUGGCAUCGAGGAGACGCGAAAGCCAUGAUAAAAUGGGAUAUAGUGAAUGGGUGCCACUAAAACUUUUUACAAAUUCAAAGCUCCAGUAAUAGGAACACUUUGUUGUGGAUUGAUGCACAGCUGAAGAUGGACGGCUCCGCGGUGUUAAUAUUGAUAAUGACAGUGCUGAUGGGGCGGGUCUCGACUCUUCCCUGCCCGCGCCCCUGUUCGUGCCCCCUGGCUACAGAAGUGCACUGCACUUUCCGUUCCCUCCUCGACGUGCCUGCUGGUAUCCCUAGACAAGUGGAACGCAUGAAUUUAGGGUUUAACACCAUUAGCCGUGUUACUCAGUCCUCUCUGACUGGGUUGAGGAACCUAGAGCUUCUGAUGAUGCACGGGAAUGAUAUCCACAAUAUUCCCAACGGGGCAUUCAGGGAUCUCAAGUCCUUACAGAUGCUCAAGAUGAGCUACAAUAAAUUGAAAGAGAUCAACAGAAACACUCUCCAGGGCCUGUGGUCCCUGGCCAGACUACACUUGGACCACAACCAUCUGGAAUCUAUCCAUCCAGACGCCUUCCAGGGCCUGACCGCUCUGCGACUCAUACAGCUGGAGGGGAACAGACUCCAGCAACUGCAUCCUUCCACCUUCUCCACCUUCUCCGUGAUGGGUCACUUCCACGUCUCCACCCUCAGGCAUCUGUAUCUGUCUGACAACGGGCUGACAUCUCUGCCCCAGAGGCUGCUGGGAGGAAUGCCCCAGCUGGAGAACCUUUUCCUGCAAGGAAACCCCUGGACCUGUGACUGCAGGAUGAAGUGGUUCCCCGACUGGGACCAAAACUCGCCAGGCGUGCUAAAAUGUAAAAAGGACAGGGCCUAUCCUGGAGGUCAGCUCUGCCCAAUGUGUUCCUACCCAAACAACUUGAAAACUAAAGAAGUCCUAACAGUGGGAAGCCUGGUCUGCUCCAGCCCUCUCAUCUCCUCCCCCAGCCGACCCACGACCCCAGAUGAUACAGAGACCGAGGUCAUGACCCCGGAGGAGUUUAAAGGGCCGUUUGGCAACAUUACUCUAGGCCUGACUGACGAGCAUGGGAAUAAAGUGGAUCUGCGUUGUGGUGUCGGAGAGCCCAGGGUGGGGUCAUCUGGGGUCGCCUGGGAGCAGGUGAACCCCCUGCAGCUAUCCUCUAAGCUUAACAUCUCUGUGGACCUGGACUGUCCCGUUGCCAGGGACAACUAUGAGAAACUCUGGAGGCUCAUCGCCUACUACAGCGACACGCCCGCCCACCUGAAGAGGGAGGUCAUGCUCACCAAAGAGCCUGUUCCCAGUUACAGGUACAGGCAAGACCUGGAGAGAGAUGCGCAGUACUAUACCGGGGUCAAGGCUAGCAUGCUAGCUCAACCCUCAUGGCUGAUGCAAACGUCUGUGGACCUGCGGCUCAACAGACCCCAGUCCACCGGAAAGACUGUCAGGUUAAUCCUCGGCACCCACCUCACUCAGACCAUGGAGUCCGAGCAGGAGCGCAGGCGGCGCCGCGCAUGGGUCAUGAUACGGGACGUAAACACCACCAGGACGGCACUGAGCACUGUAGCCGGCAGCCCCGCUGUUAUGGACUGCCACGUGUCGAGCUCCGGAGACCCGGCGAUUCGCUGGAUGCUUCCAGACGGGACCCGACUGGAGGCACCGCACAGCAGCCCGGACAAGAGGGUGACGGUGUCGAGCACCGGUAGGUUGGAUAUAAAUCCGACGGGACAUUCAGACUCUGGGUUAUAUUACUGCAUUGCCCAGGUCUCUGACGACAUCAGUGUCCUUCCUGUCCGUCUGACAGUUGAGGAGUCCUCCGGUCCGCUCCCUCUACAAGGGCUUGAUAUGGCGUCUGUGCCCAUAGAGGGGUUCACCGGUGACCCUCUGUCCCUAAACUGUGGGGUGACUGGUUCUCCCGAUCCUGAGAUAAACUGGAUCCUUCCUGACGGCCACAUAAUUAGUCACACAGCUAAUUCUUCCAGAGCUCUGGUGUACUCCAACGGAACUCUGAGAGUUCUAGAGAGUCGCCUGACCGACAGUGGCUAUUAUAAGUGUGUGGCAAUGAACCAACACGGGGUUGAUUCCCUGGUUACUAAGGUGACUCUGACAAGGCAACCAGUGGGAGCAAUACAUCCACCCAGGAGAAUGAGGCCCCAGUCUGCCUCAGGAGUCAACACCAGGAUCAAAGCCCCAGUGGAGGACGCAGAGGAAGCGUCAGGGAACGAGGGGAACGCACGGGAGGUGGUUUCUUCCCAGUCCACAUCGUCCUCGAGCCGCGCGGAACUAAUCAAUCGACGGAGGGUUCAAAGUUCACCCAGGCGUGGCGGUCAUCCCUUUAGAAACACGUGGAGACGACCCGUUCUGGCAAGGAAACCGUCCUCAGCGAAUGACGAAGGCAAGAAAGACAUAGUGGAGACGAGAAGAAGGAUUCACAUGGCGAACAAAAACAUAGACCCGGAGAAGUGGGCGCACAUUUUGGCCAAGAUCCGUGAUAGAAACGGACAGGGUAACACCAGUGUGGCGCCCAGCUCCCCGCCACUCACCACCAGUGAGGAGCGGGAGCCGACGGUAACACCCACCGCUAAACAAACAGAGUCUCUGGACAACUCAGAGGGAUCCACGGACGACCUACAGGACCGAUACGUUCCCUCCACGCCGCACACCCCCGUUGGCCACGCAGACACCGGCACGGACGCACAAGUCACGCGGUCGCUCCCUGAGUCAGUCACAUCUGCUCCCCGGCAAAUUGGCAGCACCGUCUCACACACACAGACGGAAGGCAGGGCCGCGGUCACAGAAACACUCUCACACACGCCAGGCCAGAUGCAUGUCAGCGCCGGGGCCGGUUCUUCGCGCGACGACGACGACAACAACAACAACGACGACGACAACAACUUCUCGCGCGGGGGGGAUCAGAGCACACCCGCCACGGAAGGCGCUAACGAACCCAACGUCGUUAACGCCUUUAAUGAGGGUGAAGCGUAUGCAGACACCGGUGAACUUGACCCUUCGUUAACCACCGCCACCGUUCGAGAGGACUCUGACGUGGAAACAGGGAGAGUCGGAUACGAUCACUCACUCACCGAGACUGAGACCACAACAAUAGAACCGGUCACACGCACUAAGCUGAGGCAAACUGUUUCAACGCCUGAAGUUGCCCGUCUUCCACACGUCACAGUCUCUCCCGGACCUGAGCUCACUUCAGCUGUGAACCUGAGGAUGGAGACACCAGGUGAGGUUGCUGUUCGACUCAGAAACCAGAACUCCAGGAGGAGGAAUGGGGGUGGGGGCCGAAGGAGAAGGCCCGGUUCUGUCAGAAAGAAGCCUAGGCCAAAUAAUUCAUUGAGAAAUCAUUAUAAAACUCCAGCCGCACCUAGGGUAACCCUCCCGACAGCUACCGAGGCAACUACUGCCACGUGGACUAAAAUAGAAACAACCGAAAAGGCUAAAGGCACGACGGCCAAGUUUACUACUGCCGCUCCACCGUCGCCCAGCCAAGAAACGUCAUCAGGCAGAGUGAGUCACCCAGAGAACACAGGACUCUCUUUAUACGAAGACAGGGUUAGCCCUUUGGUGAGACCCGCCACUCACUCAGAGACAAAGGACACCCUUUCAGAGCGUGCCAAGCUGCUGUUCGAAAGCACAACAGCUCCACGGGCGUCUCUCAUAACCUCUGUAACAGAACCGUAUAAACAAACAUCCCAGAUCAGCCACCGCACAACAGCCCCAGAAGGAGCCUCUGAGACUCCCACGACUCAGAGCCAAGCCCCAGAACGCCCGGAUGUGCCCACAACAGCAAGUCAGGGGAAAUUUACAAGCAUCCCCCUUCCUGCUUUUAAACCAUCAGAGAUAUCACGAAGGGGAGGCAGCGUUACUGUAGACCUCAGCACUACUCCAAGACCUGACAAGUCCUCUGAGAAUUUCCACACUCAACCGGAAUUGCUACCAGAUGGGGAGCUCAACAUGCCAGACCAUCGAUAUACAACAGAUACUACAUCUAAAGAGAUUAUAAAGGUGCCGAUCAAAGAGAUUGACAGUGUGACUCCAUCUAUCCAGCGUGAAAUAACCAGAGGACCUGUCUAUGAUAACACUGCUUCAACAAAAGAGUCCAUUCAUAAGUCAAUGGGACAUGAGAACGUUGGGGUUAACACACCUGUGGGGCCUGUGACAUCUGAAAGCUCUUAUCACGGAUCUGGUUCUGCUAAAACAGUCACUGGUGUGCCCAGAAUUAUUUUUGACGAGCCUCAUAAUUUCAGGGAAAUCACAUCCACAGCAGCCACUGCGGAAACACUGGCAUCAGCCCCGAAUAGCGAAAUGGGUAGGGUUUCUGUGGAUGCUUCUACAACAAAGGACGCCACUCCGACUGUGACACCUGUCACCACCACGUCAGUUAAAACAUCUGGUGUUUUCCCGUCCUGGGUGAGGCCUCUGGUCCCUGUACCAAACACACCAUUCUCUGGAGUCAGGACCCAACCUCCAUCCGGAACACUGGAGGCUGCCUCUAGCUCCAAUCACAUCCCGGACAGUCACAUAGAGAGAGUCGUCAUCUCUCAAACCGACCAGAGGAACGACCCUUUCUCUCCAAACAACAGAGGAGACUCCAUCCAAAUCGCCAGAUCAGACCCUAAUGAAGCUCCACCAUCUGACACCCAAACCACUAACAGACCCGAGACAAUUGACAUCAAGCCCGAUCCCGUCACUGGUGCCAAACCAACCACGACAAAACCCAGAACCACCCACAAAACAGCCCCAAACUCCCAGACGGUCGAACAGAAGACCACUACAACUGCUUCCACCACCACAAAGAGCAUGACUCAGACCUCUUCUGUCUCUACAUUAAGGCCUCAGAGUCCACCCAGAGUGGGCCAGAUUUCAGAGACCCUCAACCAGAGCCGGGGGGUGUCCGGAUGGGGGGAGAGACCACCGGUACAAGUGCCUGCUGUGAGAGGGAGGCCCAGGGUCAGUAAUGCGGGUCUGCAGACAGUGACUGUUAACGCAGAGACGGAUGCACAGCUUCCCUGUGUGGCUGUAGGGGAACCCAAGCCCUUCCUCUCCUGGACCAGAGUCUCCACCGGAGCAACAAUAGCGCAGGACACACGGGUCCAGAGAUUCGAGGUCCAUCCCAAUGGUACGCUUGUCAUCCGUAACACACAGCCUCAGGACAGAGGCCAGUACAUGUGCACGGUCCAGAACCAGUACGGAGUGGACAAGACGGUGAUCACCUUGCUGGUCCUGGCCCGGCAUCCACGGGUUCUCCAGCCGCGCUUCCGCGACGCCACGGUGUACCACGGGGACACCAUUGACCUGGAGUGCAAUGUCCAGGGUCACCCCGUGCCCCGGGUCACCUGGGUGCUGCCUGACAGGGUCCACCUCUCUGCCCCAACAGCCCAGGCCGGCGGCUCACAACCUGGCCCUCAGGUCGGCACGAAGCGCGUGGCCCUCUUCGGUAACGGCACCCUCCGUGUCACCCUGGCCAGCUACACUGACAAGGGGAUCUACAAGUGUAUCGGGAGCAGUUCGGCCGGGGCCGACUCCGUGUCCGUCCGCCUCCAUGUAGCCGCCCUUCCCCCGGUGAUCCAGCAACCUCGCUACGAAAACGCGUCUCACCCGGAGGCAAGCACCAUCUACAUCCACUGCACCGCCCAAGGAGCCCCUCCGCCCGUCAUCCGCUGGACCACGCCCGACGGCGCCCAGCUCCUGGCCUCGCAGUUCGUCACGGGCCGCAACCUCUUUGUGUUCCCCAACGGAACGCUUUGCGUCCGCGGGCUCGGCCGGGGCAACGCCGGGAGGUAUGAGUGCGUGGCCAGUAACGCGGCGGGGGUCUCCAGGAGGAGCGUCAUCCUGACGGUGCUGACGCGGCCGUCGUCCGCCAAGGCCAGGAUUACCACCUCCUCUCCCCAGACGACUGGUGUGGUCUACGGUGGGCUGCUGAGGCUCGACUGCAUGGCCACGGGGGAACCGGAGCCCAGGAUCGUCUGGAGGACCCCCACUAAGAAACUAGUGGAUUCCCAAUACAGCUUUGACCCCAGGAUCAAGGUGUUCACCAACGGCUCCCUGGCCAUCCAGGCCAUGACAGAGAAGGACGAAGGUGACUACCUGUGUGUGGCGCGCAAUAAGAUGGGGGACGAUUAUGUUCUCCUGACGGUUGAGGUGGUGACAAAGCCUGCCAAGAUUGAGCAGAAACAGCUGCUGGCCAGUCAGAAGGUGACUUAUGGAGGAGCCCUGAAGGUGGACUGUGUGGCAUCUGGCCUCCCGAACCCUGAGAUCCGCUGGGCUCUGCCAGACGGCACUAUGAUCAAUACCCUCAAACAGACGGAUAGAAUUAGGGCCAGCGGAGGCCGCUCCCGCAGGUAUGUGGUUUUUGACAACGGGACUCUGUAUGCCAACGACGUGGGGCUGCGAGAAGAGGGAGACUACACCUGCUACGCUGAGAACCAGAUCGGGAAGGACGAGAUGAAGGUCCACGUGAAGGUGGUGGCCGACCCCCCCACCAUCCGAGACAAAAGCCCAAUCCCUGAGGUCAUCAGAGUCCUCUAUGGUCAGACCGCGUCUCUGAAGUGCAGUGCCAAGGGAGAGCCGACCCCAGUCAUUAAGUGGCUCACACCCACCAAGCGGGCCAUCGCCUCGUCCUCCGAUAAGUACCAGGUCCACAACGACGGCACCCUGGUCAUCCAGAAGGUCCAGCGUUUUGACGCCGGCAACUACACCUGCGUAGCGAGAAACAGCGCCGGCCAGGACACCCGAGUCAGCAGGGUGGACGUCCUGGUCACGCCCCCGGCCAUCAACGGACUGCGAGGUAUGGUCAACUCCAUCCGAGUGACGGCUGUGAGGGACCAGCGUGUCCUGCUGGCCUGCGAGGCCGCGGGGACCCCCGUCCCCCGGGUCAUGUGGGUGUUACCGGAGAACGUGGUCCUGCCGUCGCCUUACUACGGCAGCAGGAUGACGGUGCACCGGAACGGCACGCUGGACAUCCGAUCGGCGAAGCCAACGGACUCGGCCCAGCUGGCCUGUGUGGCGCGCAAUGAGGGUGGGGAGGCCAGGCUGGUGGUCCACCUGGAGGUGGGGGAGAAGGUGGAGAAGCCGCAGCUCCGAGGACCCAGAACAGAGAGGCUCUCCCUGGUGUUGGGCAACACCAUGAUCCUGAACUGCACCUCUGAAGGAGGCCUGACACCCCCCACGCUCACCUGGAUCCUCCCCGAUGGUUCCCCGCUCACAAGCGGUUCCAAGUUCUCCAAGUUCUUCCACCGACCGGACGGCGCCCUGGUCAUCUCCAACCCCUCGGUCUCCGAAAGUGGCCUGUACCGCUGCCUGGGAAGGAACCUGGCCGGGUUAGUGGAGCGUACCAUUACUCUGGCCCCAGGGGGGAAACCACAAAUCAAUAACCGCUACAACUCCCCUGUCAGCAUUAUGAACGGGGCGAACCUCCACCUUCACUGUCUCUCCACAGGGGACCCACUCCGACUGUCCUGGACUCUGCCCAGCGGGGUGGUACUGGGGCGGCCGCAAAGAGCCGGCCGCUACUCCGUCCUGGCCAACGGCACGCUCUCCGUCCAGCAGGCGUCCGUCUAUGACCGCGGCACCUAUGUCUGCCGGGCGGCCAACGAGUACGGCAGCGCCCUGCUCUCCGUGCCCGUCAUUGUCGUGGCGUACCCGCCCCGUAUUAUCAGUGGCCCGCCGCCCGCCAUGUACGCCCGUGGCGGCGUGGCUGUGCAGCUGAACUGCGUCGCGACGGGUGUCCCCCGAGCCGAGAUGGCCUGGGAGACGCCAGACAAAACCCGGCUGGCGGUCAGUGCCCAGCCUCGCCUCUUUGGCAACAAAUACCUCCAUCCACAAGGCUCUCUCAUCAUCCAGAACCCCACGCAGAGAGACCAGGGCCUCUACAGAUGCACCGCCAGGAACGUGAUAGGGGUUGAUACUAAAAGCACCUAUCUACAUGUGUUCUGAUCAGCGGUAGGCCAGUUAGGAUGUCUAGCCCAGAAACUGCCAGAAGGAGCUGAGCACAGCCAAAUGCUUUUCAUCUAUCCCCUUUGAGCUGAAGGGACUUUUAAUCACUGUCACUGCAAGUAAAUAUACACGUUUCUAAUCACUGGCGGAACAACACUGCUACUGUGUUCUAUUGGCUGUGGCCGUGCCGCGUUGUCUCUCGAACACGUUCCAGUCCGCGUCGCCCAAAACACACCAUGCCAAAGACAUUUUCCGCUCAUCAAAAAAAAAAAAAAAAAAACGCUUCG